CUCCAUUGGCAGCGGGCCCAACUCGCCGCAGCGUGUUGUCUCCAAUUUGCGCGGGUUUCUCACCCACCGCCUCAGCAAUAUCACACCGAGCGAUACAGGUUGUUCACUGGCAUGCCAACAACUUGCACACCAACAACAAUAACAACUACAACAACAACUACAACACGAAAUCAUGUAAAACACAGCUGUGUGAAAUAAGAAACAAUACAGUUAACCAGAGAGAUCAGAGACCAGAGAACAGAGAACAGAAACCACCUCAAAAACAAGAAAUUGCAGCUGCACUUGAAGCGAUUGGCGAGAGUAAUUAACACACGGAAAGCGGAAACGGAAGCGGCCAUAUUGAAAGAAAACGUUGCACAAUUUCCGGCAGCGGUCAUGAAAUUGAAAAGCGCCAAAAGCACGACAAAACAACAAUAAAGCAACCACAAAAAAAGUGGUGGCAACUUUGAGUACAAAAAAAUAAAAGGAAUACAAAACGCAAGCAAAAAAGAAAAGGAAGCGAAGAAAGGAGUUUAAAUAAUUUUUUGACAGCAUAAGAGAAAAUAUUAAAAGAAAGCAAAAUGGCCGCAUUUCAAAUACCGCUGAUCAAUCUGGAGCUGCGCGAGGUGAAGGAGAUUGUGUGGGAGAAGAUCCAGGAGCCGGUGAAUCAACGUCGCCUCAUCCUGGUCAUUGUCUCCAUUGCUCUGUUGCUGGACAACAUGUUGUACAUGGUCAUCGUGCCGAUUAUACCCGAUUAUCUGCGCGAAAUUGGCAGCUUCGAUGAUGGACCAACGCCACCGCCUUUGCGCGACAAUGUCACCGGUCGCCUGAUCCCAGUGCAUCAUGAUCAUCACGGCCAGGACUCGGCCACGGGCAUACUGUUUGCCUCCAAGGCCAUUGUUCAGCUGAUGGUGAAUCCAUUUUCGGGUGGCCUCAUCGAUAAGAUCGGGUAUGAUAUACCCAUGAUGAUUGGCCUCACCAUCAUGUUCUUCUCCACUGCGGUCUUCGCCUGCGGCAGCAGCUACAGCGUUCUCUUCUUUGCCCGCUCGCUGCAGGGCGCUGGCUCCGCCUUUGCGGACACAUCGGGUCUGGCCAUGAUUGCGGAUCGUUUUACGGAGGAGAACGAACGUUCACAGGCGUUGGGUAUUGCGCUUGCUUUCAUCAGCUUUGGCUGCCUGGUGGCGCCACCUUUUGGCGGUGCGCUGUAUCAGUUUGCCGGCAAGGAAGUGCCAUUCCUUAUACUCGCCUUGGUUUGUCUGCUGGAUGGCUUGAUGCUGUUGUUAGUCAUGAAACCUGUGAAGGAGCAAAUCAAACAGAGCAAAGAAGUCUCGAAUCAAACCAUUCCCAUUUGGCGUCUGCUCAUGGAUCCCUACAUUGCUGUCUGUGCUGGCGCCUUGACCAUGUCGAAUGUGGCGCUCGCUUUUCUCGAGCCCACGAUCUCGCUGUGGAUGGAGGAUAAUAUGACAACGGAAAACUGGAAGAUUGGCAUGGUCUGGCUGCCCGCCUUCUUUCCCCAUGUGCUAGGCGUCGUUAUCACCGUGAAGAUGGCCCGAAAGUAUCCGCAACAUCAGUGGCUAAUGGCUGCCGGUGGCUUGGCGCUGGAGGGUUUCUCCUGCUUCAUCAUACCCUUCUGCAGUGGCUACAAAAUGCUCAUGCUGCCCAUCUGUGUCAUCUGCUUUGGCAUUGCUCUGAUCGACACCGCUUUGCUGCCCACUCUCGGCUAUUUGGUGGAUGUGCGCUACGUGUCGGUGUACGGCAGCAUUUAUGCAAUCGCCGACAUCUCGUAUUCGAUCGCCUAUGCUGUGGGUCCGAUUAUUGCUGGCGGAGUUGUGGAGGCCAUUGGAUUUACGGCACUCAACUUCCUCAUUGCCUUCUCGAAUCUCGCCUAUGUGCCUGUCCUGCGCAAGCUGCGCAACAUCUAUGACUUCAAGCCGUUCGAGAACGAGGCGAACAUCUUGAUGCAGGAUCCACCGAACAAGGAGUAUCAAACGUACGUUAUGCACGAUCAAAAGCCAGUCGAGGGCGAUCUGAAGAAUCAUCUGGAGUAUGGCCAGCAAUAUCAGCCACAGCAGGAGACCAACCUCGAUGAUCAGCAAUACGAUUACCAAUCACAGCAGGGCUAUCAACAACAGGCCGGUGGCGGUGGCUAUCAGCAGGAUCAGAGCUAUCAGCCAGGUUAUCAGGAGCAAGGCGGCAGUUAUGCUCAGCCAAGGGCAGUGAAUCCUUUCCAGCAGCAACAGCAACAACAACAGCAGCAGCAGCAACAGCAACAAAGCAGAGGUCCUGCGGCACCAGCGAAUCCAUUUAGACAAGGAUUUUAAACUGUUGUCUUAUACAAAACUAACGUUUCUUUAUGUUUACAUCGUUUAUUUGUGCAUCUUCGAGUCGAUUGUUUGUAUAUUUCGUUAGAGUUCUGAUUAUCGCAACAUCGUAUAUCGUAUGCACAUAGAUAUACCUAAUUAUAUAUAUAUAUAUAUAUUACCUAAUUAUAGUAAGUGGUACGUACACUAUAAAAAGCAUAAUCGUAGCAUGCAAUUAGUUGAAGCAGCUGCUAGUUAAUGCCAAGCACUCGUUUUGUAUCAUACACAAAGACGCAGAUUGAGCUUAAGGUUAAAGGUUAUACAAUAGAACAAACAACAAAAUGCACGCAGCUACGAUAUUCAUUACAUACAUACAUACAUCAAUACUAUAUAGUUUAGUGCGCUAUAUAGACCGAUAUCGGUGCCCUAUACUCAGUACUUCAGCAGCCGCCGUGUUUUCGUGUCUAUCAGUGAAGCUAGAGAAACCAAAGCAUAGUCAUAAUUACACACAAAUGGGGAGGAAGCAACUUGCAACUGUUGCUGUUCCCAUUAGAUAUCAGAUAUACAUAUAUAUAUAUAUACUAUACAUAUUUAUACAAUUUUAGAGGUAAGCGGCGCUGCUGACCUGGCCACUCGAUGCCACAAGUGCCGUCGUUUCACAGGCAAUGACAUCAAUAUCGCAGACAUAUCACAAUUUGCACAAAACUCGGAAAUCGACCCCUCCAAAAAUGGAGUGGAAACGUAACUCCUCCCUUUCGGGUGUCAUUGUGAAAGGACUUGUGUGUUAGUCGAGAACUGGUCUAGUCAGCGGUGCUAUAUGAUUUUCGUGUUUUAAUGGAAUUUUCCGUUUUGACAGAUUUGAACAUAAGACACAACCAAGGUAACGAUACAUAUCAGAGUCUCAAUGGCUCGCCUGUUAAAAUUACCAAAAGUGAUAUUAACUAUUGCUAUUAGUAUAUAGUAAACAUACAUACAACUUCUACGAGUGUAUAUACAUGCUCGUAUAUAUCGCAUCAUAUCGAUAAAUUAUUUUUAGGCCCUAAUAUAUAUACAUAGCAUAUACAACUUUGCGAAAUACUCGUAUAAUGAAAAUAUUAGAUGUUUCAUAUUUACCUACCAAUCAAUUAUUAUUUGCUUGUCGACUCUAUGUGCAAAAUGGUAGAACCCCCAAAAACACCCGAGCCCCUAACUUGAUUUCGUUUGAGAUUGAGAUUGGGAGGUGAAAUCGGGUGCGGGAACAGCCGCCGUAGUAGCUCAACGAUAGCAUAGCAUUAAAUGUGUGUACCUUAUGUGUAUGUAGUAUGUAACUAAGUAACUCUAUAUCAUAUAUUCAACAUGAUGAUAUGUUUCAACUCAUAUUGAUUGCACCACUUUUUGAAGGCAGUUUACUGCCCCUAUAUUAUACACAGUACUACAUUUAGGCUUAGAUAAACUGAAUUUUUGUAUACAUACCCAUAUUACCAAUCACUCAAUACUGACUUCAGAGCUACGUCUGUGUGUGUAUGCAGUUAUCAGCACACACAUACUGGCGCAUAGUUUAGAGGUAUAGAUGUAUUGGGUGUUGGAAUUAUCUUAUAGACAAAACUUGAACAUUCUGUAUCCGUAAACAUAUCAGUGACACGGCCAUUUUCAACUUAAAUAUAUACAUACAAAUAGCAAACGUUAUCUAAUCUAGUUGAUAAUCUACAAGCAUAUACAAGAAGUUUAUUCAAAUUGAAAACGAACAUUAUUAUCAACAGAUUUGAUUUUUUUUAUUAUAGAUAUACAAUAUUUAUUUCCCAUCCAGUAUGGUAACUGCACUGAUUUUCAAAGCAAUUAGUUAAGCAAAAUAUAUAGUGAGGAGUUAUAUUUCAAUGCACUGAAUCAUUUCGAUUGUAUCUCAUCUACCAUCUAUAUUAAUUUUAUAUUAUUUCCUCAACAUAUACCAUAUAUUAAAAUACUAACUUAUAAUAGAAUACAUAUUAACAAGCUUUAGUAAUAUGUAAACAAAAACAUAAUGAAUAAAACUCAUGAAAAAAUCUCCCAUCAAAUGUAUCAAUUAAAACAAUGCGCGAUCGUGUGCGAACAGAAUCUUAAUGCAAAACUAUAUAUAUAGAAAACAAAUUUACAUACAAUAUAAAAAAAAAAAAAAAAAAAAACAUUAAAAAAAUAGUAUAUGAAAACCAAGUCAAGAGAUCACAUCAGAAUCCAUUUAAAGCAUAUAAUAGCGAAAUCUUUAAGAUAUUGUUAAUAUAUGUUUUAAGCGGAUGAGAAGAGAACAAACAAUUAUAAUAAAUUGUGUAUCGAUAUAUUAUAAUUCACAUAUGUAUAUUUAAUGGGCAUUUCUAAAAGCAAUAUACUAAAUAAUUAAAACGAAAACAAAACUUAUUGCAAUACUUCAAUGUAUCUGCAUAAUUGUGUUUAUUAAUCCUUCUAUAAAUGGUCUCUCUCCUAUCUAUUAAAAUCUAUUCUUUUGAAAGUUAAACCCAAGUUGCGUUUUCCCAAGAUAUAUAUUAAUUCGAAGAGGCCAUUGCAAAGAAGAUAAAUAUACAUAUGUUAUUUGAAGAAUCUUCCAAAAACGGUUUAAAAUUAAUUAUACUAUAUUGUAAAUUUUAAAUUGAAGAAUUAGCAACGCGACUGGAGAGAGCCUGCGAAUAUUUUAAUCUAACAAAGUGAAUACUUUCGAAAUAAAGAAAGAUUCACAAUUUAGAGAAAGGGUAUUCGCAGAUGUUGCUUACAGAACAUGCUAACAGUGCCGGCUAUGUGUAAUAACUUACGAAAUUUUAUAAGAAUAAAUAAAAUUGAAAAAAAGAAAAUAAAUAUAAAUAAAAAAAUGAAAAACAAAUAUAUCUGUACGUAUUGUAAAAAUUAAUAUGUUGCUUAAUAAAAUAUAUAAAUAUGUAUUUAUAAAAGCAAAUCACAAAAUAAAGUGUAACAUAUAAAUAAUGAAAUAACAAAAUAAAAAAUAAAGAAAACAAAAAAAUAAUAAUUUGAAAAUUAAAUUCAAUAUAAACAUAUGUAUUUAAAGUGUUAAAUGUUCAAUAGCAUAUUAUAAUUACUUAAACACAAAAAAAACUGUGCGCAUUACGAGCUAUUAUUAUUAUCAUUUCGAGAAAGUAUAAAAAAUUUCAAUAAAAAAAUAUAUAUAUCUUAAACAAAAAAUACAAAAUUAAGAUUAACGAAUAUGAAAUUAAAAUGCGACUAAGGUUCAUUAAGUGUUUGUUAUACGUAAAAUUUGAUUUCAACAAUUUCAAAAAGUUAAUUAAAGAAAUUUUAAAUGAAAGCCCUAAAUAAAUGCCGCCACAGUUCAGUUUUGUAUAUUUACACUUAGUUUGAGAUGUAAGUUUUGAUCAAAGUGUUUCAGAUAAUGUAUUUAAGUACUAGUGUAUUACAAUUAAACAAACAAACAAUUAACUAUGUUAAAUUAUUCGCAAUUUGUUUCAGCUAAUGUUAUAGACGUUUGUGUUAUAGUACUUGUAAUAUUAUAUAAAUAUAUAUUAAUAUUCUAGUAAUAAAUCAAUGAAUUCGUCUAGGCAUUCAAACAAAAACAUAAACAAAAGCAAAAAACAAAACUAAAACACUCAAAACUGAACAACUCAACGUCUAACUCAAACUCAAACUAUUUACUACCUAACCCAGUUCUGUAACGUUGCUGUUCAAUUUCAAAGUCUAUCCAACUUUACGAUUACUCUAUAACUAAAUUGAGUUUCUUACCAAAUCUACUUAAAAUUCAAAAACCAAAAAAUACUUUAAAAUACAUAUCCCCAAAGAAUUAUAACUAUUUAAAUGCUAUAGCUGAGAGACGACUUAACAUAGCUAGAACCUAAAACGUAUUGAUUAAACCCUCAGACACAUAUACAGGAAAUUGUGGAAACAAAUACAAAACAAACAAAUUUCAAUAAUCAAAUGUAUACAAACUCAUGAGAUAAUGCCAAUCUUCGGUUAGCCGAAGCACACAAUAUCCUUGCAGAUAUAAAUAAUAUGAUGAGUUCAACCAAAUCUGGAAGGAUAUUUAAGUGCAAUCAAAGUACACAUUUGACAUCAAGUUGAAAUAUUAACAGAAAUUGUUUAAAACACAACACAACAAAUAUAUAUCAUGAACAACAAUGGGCAAAUGGUUAUAAGUUAUGAUGAAUUACGAAUGAAAUACGAAAUGAAAUGAACAGCAAACAAAUACACUAUGAAUAUGUACGGUACUCAAAACGAAUGAGCAGAAAAUGGUAUGAGUAAGUGAACAACAACACAAAUCGAAUGAAUAAUGCAUAUUACAGAGUGAAAUACACAUAAAACAAAUACUAUUGAAAUAUAAUUGUUAACCAUGAAA